AUGCGUCCGUCACGCGUCCGUCAUACGUCCGUCACACGUCCGUCCGUCAUACGUCCGUCCAUCAUACGUCCGUCACAUGUCCGCCACACGUCCGUCACACGUCUGUCACACGUCUUUCACACAUCUGUCACACGUCGGUCAUACGUCCGUCCGUCACACGUCCGUCACACGUCCGUCAUACAUCCGUCACAGGUCCGUAACACGUCUGUCACACGUCUGUCAUACAUCCGUCCGUCACACGUCCGUCACACGUCUGUCACACGUCUGUCAUACGUCCCGUCCGUCACACGUCCGUCACACGUCCGUCACACGUCCGUCACACGUCUGUCACACGUCUGUCAUACAUCCGUCCGUCACACGUCCGUCACGCGUCCGUCACACGUCCGUUACGCGUCCGUUAGCGUCCGUCAUGCAUCCGUUAGCGUCCAUCACACGUCCAUCAUACGUCCGUCACACGUCCGUCCGUCAUACGUCCGUCACACGUCCGUCACACGUCUGUCACACGUCUGUCACAUGUCCGUCAUACGUCCGUCAUACGUCCGUCAUACGUCCAUCAUACGUCCGUCACACGUCUGUCUGUCAUACGUCCGUCAUACGUCUGUCACACAUCUGUCAUGUGUCCGUCACGCGUCCGUCACGCGUCUGUCACGCGUCCGUCACGCGUCCGUCACGCGUCUGUCACGCGUCCGUCACACGUCCGUCCGUCACACGUCCAUCCGUCAUACGUCCGUCACACGUCUGUCAUACGUCCGUCACACGUCUGUCAUACGUCCGUCACACGUCCGUCCGUCAUACGUCCGUCACACGUCCGUCAUACGUCGUCACACGUCCGUCACACAUCCGUCAUACGUCCGUCACACGUCCGUCAUAUGUCGUCACACGUCCGUCACACAUCCGUCAUACGUCCGUCCGUCACACGUCUGUCAUACGUCCGUCACACGUCCAUCAUACGUCGUCACAUGUCCGUCAUACGUCCGUCUCACGUCUGUCACACGUCCAUCACACCUCCCAGUGCCGCGGUACAAGAAGGGGCUGAAGCCGAUGGACCACAAUGGACUGUCGGACCCUUACGUUAAACUGCACCUUCUGCCUGGAGCCAGCAAGGCGAAUAAACUGAGGACGAAGACUCUGCACAACACUUUGAACCCGGUGUGGACCGAGACCCUCACGUACUACGGCAUCACAGACGAAGACAUGGUCCGCAAGACCCUCAGGAUCUCUGUUUGUGACGAGGAUAAGUUUCGACAUAACGAGUUCAUCGGAGAAACACGAAUUCCUUUGAAGAAACUGAAACCAAAUCAACUCAAGAACUUUAACAACUGUUUAGAAAAACAGCUCCCAGUGAAUAAAGCGGAGGACAAGUCUCUGGAGGAGCGAGGCCGGAUCAUGAUCUCCCUCAAGUACAACACCCAGAAAUCCUGUCUGGUGGUGGGCAUCAUCCGCUGUGCCCACCUGGCCGCCAUGGACGCCAACGGCUUCUCCGACCCCUACGUCAAAACGUAUCUCAAGCCGGACGAGAACAAAAAAUCCAAGCACAAGACGGCUGUAAAGAAGAAGACGCUCAACCCAGAAUUCAAUGAAGAGUUCUCCUACGACAUUAAAUAUGCAGAUCUGACCAAAAAGACUCUGGAGGUCACAGUGUGGGACUACGACCUCGGCAAAUCCAACGACUUCAUUGGGGGCGUGUCACUGGGCAUCAAUGCAAAUGGGGAGCGUCUCAAGCACUGGUUCGACUGCCUCAAAAACAAGGACAAGAAAAUUGAGCGCUGGCACACACUGACCAACGAGCUGCCGGGGGCGAUCAAUGACUGA